AGUGAAGUAGUAUCCGUGCGGUUGCAACUGGUCUCCACAUGCUAUUUCUGCUACUUUCUGCUGUAAACUACUCCGUAACUUGCUAAAUCUGUUUGGGGAAAUUUCCGCAUCUUCUUCUCCUAUAACCUCCAUCGCCCAUCACAGCAAUACAGAAUCAUACUCCGUCCCGGCCAGCAGCACUAAACAGGCUUUGUUCAAUAUGAAUCCAUCAACAUUUCAUGCUUCAUUGCGGGAACAGUGUUUACGGAGCAACACAGUAUUUGACACCGGAGAAGGCGGCUAAGACUUCCUAUUAAGGUUCCAAAUCGCAGACACCCGAAUAUGUCUCGGUAAAUUAGUUGAAUCUCAUCAUACUUGGAGAGUGAUUGCAUAUGGUUAAAACUUAAAAAUGGAUUCUUUGUGCUCACAAGCAGUAAGCUUUCUUUCGUGGGAAAAAAGCAAUAAGCUUUCUGAUAGUGAAGCUGAGAAUGUCCGUCUAGUGCUGCUUAUUAUAACUUACAGCAGUACGGAAUGUUGCUGCUUACUACUACUAUGGAUUUACCUGUUCAGUGUGGAAUGAAAGGAGUUUUACAGUCUAAGAUGGAAUUGAUGGCCUUAUCUUGGACUUCGAUCGAUCUUUAUUCUGUCAUUUUGAACUUGUGACUGCAUAACACACUUCAUUACCAGCAUGUCUGCGGUGAAGAUUGUGACACCCCAAGACACAUGUCUUUCCCCCACUGAAAUAUCAUCUAUAAUUUAUUCUUUCAAGGAUAAGUUUGCAUUGGAGCGUCAAUCUUAUAUUAAGAAAAAGAUCGAGGACAAAACAAGUGAGUUGGCUGGUGUAAUUAGAGGUAUUUACAAGUUGGCAACUGGAAGAACAGAUCCCCAGAUUCUCUCUGGUAAUGGAAUUGUAGAUAUACUAUCAAAGAGGCAGAAAGACGCUAUUGAUAUGCAAAAUGGUAUUGCUACUAGCGACAGAAAUAACAAUAUUAGCUGUGAGGAUGAUGGUUAUGCGUCUGUAGUUCUUCUAGGGUCCAGCAUUGCUGCCAAGAAAUAUGUUCGCCCUAUUGUACUUCCAAAAGUGGAAAAACUACCUCACUUCACUACAUGGACUUUUCUAUAUAGAAACCAGAGGAUGACUGAGGAUCAAUCAGUGUUAGGCCACAGAAGAAUCUAUUAUGACCAGAUUGAUGGUGAAGCUCUAAUUUGCAGCGAUAGUGAGGAAGAAAGAAUUGAAAAGGAAGAAGAAAAGGAAUUUGUGGACUCUGAAGACUAUAUUCUGCGAAUGACUGUUGAAGAGGCUGGAUUGUCAGAUAUGGUGUUGCAUUUGCUCGCCAACCACUUUUCUAGAAAGCCCAGUGAAGUAAAGGCAAGAUAUGAAUAUCUGAUCAAGGAAGAAGCUACUUCUAAAAAUGAAAACUCUGAAGUAACUCUGGUUUCAUAUCUGGACAGUGAUCUUGAUGCAGCUCUGGAUUCAUUUGACAAUCUAUUUUGCCGGAGAUGUUUUGUAUUUGAUUGUCAAUUACAUGGGUGCUCACAGGAUAUUAUUUUUCCGGCUGAAAAACAACCCCCUUGGUUAUGUGCUGAUGCAAAUGAGGGACCUUGUGGCCUUGAUUGUUAUCUUGCAGUCAUCAAUCAAAAAAGCAAACCCAAUUUGGCAUCUCACGAAAUAGUUAUUCAUGAAGAAGACUGUAUUCUGUCACCCGAAGAAUCUAGCACGGAAGUCCCAUGGAAUGUUAACGUAAAAAAGGAAUCAUGUAAAAACAGAGGUGACAGCCGGAGCAGCAAGUGGAUGCUUACACAAGCUCAUGUUGCCAGAGAGAAGAGACCAAAGAAAAUGAUAUCUUCUAGAUCUUACUCUCUUAGAAAUUCAAGCUCGAAGGGUUUGUGUCUACCUUCACAUACACAAAUCGAUGAUGCCAUUUUAUCUAGCAAGAAAGAAUCUUCAGUUCCUAAGUCCAUUAAUUCUUUGCUGGAAGCUGCUGCUGGAAUAAAUCUGAAUGAACCUGUAAAUUCUCAACCCAUGACUAGUGAUUAUGAAACUGCAAAAGAAGAUGCAUUUUUAGAUGAACCUACUUCGAAGAUAGAAGGAUGCAGCAAUAAUGUUUGGAGGCCACUUGAAAAGGCUCUCUUUGAAAAGGGUCUAGAGAUCUUUGGUAGAAGCAGCUGUUUGAUUGCUCGUAAUCUCAUGAAUGGUCUGAGGUCAUGCUUAGAGGUUUUUCAGUAUAUGAACCUGCCUGAUAAUAAGACACCCAGUCAAUCAAACAUUGGUAUUGAAGUCGUGGGAAAUGAGGAACAGAAAAAACCAAGAUAUGCAUGCCGAAGAGGUAGAGUUCGUCGCUUAAAAUAUACAUGUAGAUCAGGUGGACAUCAUUCGAUAAGGAAGCGUAUAUCUGAGAAGAAGGAGGAACUUGAAAAGCACUAUACUCCUUGCAAUUGUCAAUCUCACUGUGGAAAGAAUUGUCCUUGCAGUGUAAAAUCAGGCAGCUGCGAAAAAUUCUGCGGAUGCUCAAAGAAUUGCCUGCUACGAUUCCGAGGGUGUCACUGUUCAAAAAGUCAGUGCACAGCUGAUGAUUGUCCAUGCUAUGCAGCUCUAAGAGAAUGCGAUCCUGAUAUUUGCCAUAAUUGCUGGGUUGGUUGUGGUGAUGGUUCUAUUGGGGUUCAUCCGCCAAGAGUCUCAAAUCACAAAUGCAUGAAUAUGAAAUUACUUCUGAGACAACAUCAAAAGGUUCUUCUUGGAAAAUCUAGUAUAGUUGGAUGGGGAGCUUUCUUAAAGAAUAGUGUAAAAAAGAAUGAUUUCCUCGGGGAGUACACUGGUGAAGUAAUCUCGCACUUUGAAGCUGAUAAGCGUGGCAAAGUCUAUGAUCGUGAAAAUUAUUCAUUCCUCUUCAAUCUCAAUGAUAUGCUUGUUGUUGAUGCUUACAGAAAGGGAAACAAAUUGAAGUUUGCCAAUCAUUCACUUCAACCAAACUGUGUUGCAAAGGUGAUCAUGGUAGGAGGAGAUCACAGGAUUGGCAUAUAUGCUUUGACACCAAUAAAUUCUGGAGAUGAACUGCUUUAUGAUUACCGAUAUGACCCUGAAAACUGUCCUGCCUGGGCAAAGGAUCUUAUGGAGUCCACCUGUUCUAAGAAGGGUGAUGCUCGACCUUCAGGCAGUCGUGCUAAGAAGCAUACAUGAGGGUGGUCAAUCUUUCAGCCAUUUCCCACACAAAACAUGUUUUUUGCAUUGCCAGAGACGACUCAUAAUAGUCAAUCUUAGUAUGACUAAUCAUACUCUCUUGAUUUAUUUUUGGAUUAGACAACUGCAUUCCAUUUAUUUUGAUCACCAGGCAAGAACAAAAAAUUCAUGCUUGGUAGGUUCCUUUCUUAUCAUUGGAUGUGCGUGUGUUCAAACGCCAGCAGAAUCUGCAUUCUUUUCUUGUGAACUAUAUUAUCUUAUGUGGGAUUUCCCAUCAUUUAAUUCUUGGCACUCUCUACCCUUGCAA